AUGCAUUUUUAGAGUAUCAUAGAAGAGGGUAUGAAAGAAUCUUCAUACCUACAACUUUAAUAAUAAGGUAUAAUAAGAUUUUGUAACCUUUUAGUUAAUGAAUCAAAGGCAUAAAAAGCUUUAUCAGAGAUAUAAAGUGUAGAACGUAUUUGGCUUAGUUGGAUGACCUAAUAAUUGACAGGAUAAAGUUUGACAGAGGAAAUGAUUAGGAAAAAUGAUUCGAUUGAUGUAGAAUGUACAUAAGAAACUAAUGUAUCGAUUGUUUCAUAAUAUCAUAGAGUGUUGAAAAGAAUAAUAUACUUAAAAAGUAUUUUGAAACACUGAAAUAAAGAAUAAUUGAUGAUAAAAUAUACAGUAUAUUCACUUAAACUUAAACAUCCUAAUUUUUUGAAGAAAUCACAACACAAAUUUAAAACAAAAUAAAACUCUAUGAAGACAUAUAGAAACUAAAAUUAUUAUCCAAUUAUCCAAGUAUAAUUCAAUAUUAUUCAUUUAUUAGGUAAUACUAAAAGGACAUACUCUAAAUAAGCAAAUAUGAUACUUAAGAAAUGGUUAAUAGAAAACUAUAAUAAUCCAUAUCCAAAACAAUAAUAGGUUGAAUAAUUAGUUCAAUAAACAAAUCUCACCAAUAAAUAAGUAAGUUUCAAUUCUCUAUAAUAUAUAGGUCUUAAAUUGGUUUAUAAAUGCCAGAAAUAGUUUAAAAAAUAAAUCAUCUCAAGAAAAGAAGUUUAAGCAUGUUGUUGAAACUAAAUUUAAAGAGAUUGCUAUAUAAAAAAAGAGAAAAUAAGAAUAAAGAAUUUGA